GUCACACACUCAUCAUACCACACUCACACAAGCGCUGACUGAAACUCCAGACCAGUGCAGGGAGAUGCUACCGGCUGGCAACCACUGACAGCAACUUUCAGAGCCCAGUUGAUCUGGAAACACUGCACCUUCACCUCCAGAGAGCCCGACACACUCCUGCUGCACAGAGGGAGUGCACUUGACAAAGGACACUUCAGUGACCUCCAGCAGUUAGACUGUACCUGAUCCCACAUCGUUCACAGAACAGGGAACCUGACUCUGAGUAGAGCAAGAAAAAAAGGGAGCGAUCAUACCCCACCGCUGAAACACGACCCACAGGACAGAGAGACAGAGGGGCUAACAGACGUCUCCGGCCACUGGGGAACAGAGGCAGGAUGCUGGCUAAAAUCCUUGAAGACAUGUGGGUGGAACCGGAGGUGCUGGAGGCCCUCAGUGAGGAACAGAAGAGGAUCCUGUUCCUGAAGAUGAGAGAGGAGCAGGUACGCCGCUGGAGAGAGCGAGAGGAGAGGGAGCAGAGGGAAGGAGGAGUCAACAACAACACCAGGCCAAAGAAAGCUUCCAGUAAACAUGUGAAGUGGCUGCUCGGUCGCGACGGAGACGUGAGCGUCAGUGUAAUCGGAGAGGUGGACGAAUUCAAGUCCUCCAAACUCCUCCAGAGCCUCAUUAACAACAGACUCCACAGCGAUAAUAUGAAUGGCAUCCAGACAGUGGACUUGCUGCCAGGAAGAGAGGCCCAGGAGCUUGGCUUUAAAGAAAAAAUCCAGCUGCCCCUCACAGAUGUUAGCGAUUACCCAGCUUCACCAAAUGACCAGUCGUCUGAGGAGGACAUGGACUCCUGCAGCGCAGAUGACGACCUGAAGGACCCCGCGGAGGACAGCGACAGUGAAUCAGGCAGCAGCUCAGACAAUCCCAGCGACUGGGCUCCUCUCUACAGGCCCCAUCUUAGUCGCCAUGGCAACCAGCUGCCGCUCAAAGCCGCACUGUCAGACACACAGAGAAGCGACCCACAAGACAGAGAGAUCAUGUGCUGUGAGGAGAAAAAGUCAGAAUACAGAGGUCGUGUAGCGCAGCUCAGGAAGGCAUUCACAGAUGAUCCUCACAGAACAACACCUGCCUACACCAAACCUCCUCUUCCUGCCAAACCUGCUCACCUACAGAAAAGAAGCACAGCCUUGAGCCAUUAGGACUCCAGGUGCAUCCACCUUGAUGCAAGAUAACACUUGACCCCAAAACGGCAGAGCCAUGUCAUACUGAGUGUAAGGACGCCUGUGCAGAAGUAAUGGCUCAGUUACACACUGUUGGACCAGGCUGCAGCCACAUACAUGUGAAGAAGAAGAAGGUCCUUACUUGAACCUGAGCAGUGAACUGAGAUACACUUUGUUAGGCAUCAAUUGAAGGACCAACCCACAGACAGAGAAACGUCUGGGGGGUGGAGUGAGAGAAAGACUUGAAAAGCUUUUAAACCAAAGUCAACCUGAAUGAUAAAAUGAUGCAGCUUUGAUGUUACUGAGUUCAAAUACGCUCACAUAGCUUUUGUGAUUGACAGGCAGACGCAGAGCGAGAAGUCCAGACACACACACACACACACACACACACACAC